CAGUGAUUUUCUGGUUUCAUCUGAGAAACAGAGCUUGCAAAGAUGCGUGUCUUCUCCUUUUACGAGAAAGCUUCUCGAGCUUUUCAUGACUAUCCUUCGCUCUCUAAGCUGAUUGUUAUCUUCACAGUCAGUAGUGGUGGUCUUUUGGCUUAUUCUGAUUCAAAAUCAUACCACAUUGCAAAUAAUGUUGAUUCAUCUCAUACGGAUAACAAGAAAAAGAAAGUGGUGGUUCUUGGAACUGGUUGGGCUGGGAUGAGUUUCUUGAAAAAUCUUGAUAGUUCCAAGUACGAAGUUCAGGUGGUGUCACCUCGUAACUAUUUUGCAUUUACCCCUUUAUUGCCAAGUGUUACAUGUGGGACGGUGGAGGCACGCAGUAUUGUUGAGCCAAUCCGUAACAUUAUCGGGAAGAAAAAGGGACAAAUUCUAUUUUGUGAAGCUGAGUGUACCAAGAUUGAUGCACCAAACAAGAAAGUUCAUUGCCGGACCAUUCAACAGAUGGGUUCAAAAGGGAAAGAAGAAUUUGUUGUAGACUAUGAUUACCUGGUGAUAGCCAUGGGAGCUCGUUCCAACACCUUCAACACACCGGGUGUUGAGGAGAAUUGCCAUUUCUUGAAGGAAGUAGAAGAUGCUUUAAGGAUCCGUAGAAGUGUGAUUGAUUGUUUUGAAAGGGCCACCCUUCCUAAUAUAAGUGAAGAAGACAGGAAGAAAAAUCUUCAUUUCGUAGUCGUUGGAGGUGGUCCAACGGGUGUGGAAUUUGCCGCUGAGCUUCAUGACUUUGUCAAUGAAGAUUUAGUUAAAUUGUACCCCAAGGCCAAGGAUCUUGUAGAGAUAACACUUCUUGAGGCAGGAGGUCAUAUAUUGAACAUGUUUGAUAAACGGAUCACUGCUUUUGCAGAAGAAAAGUUUUCAAGAGAAGGUAUUAAUUUGAAAACAGGAUCAAUGGUUGUAAAAGUAACUGAUAGUGCCAUCUCUACUAAGGAAAUGAAAAGUGGGGAGAUUUCUUCUACACCAUAUGGGAUGGUUGUUUGGUCAACUGGAAUCGGGACUCGCCCUGUUAUUAUGGAAUUUAUGAAGCAAAUUGGUCAGAAUAAUAGGCGUGUUUUAGCAACUGAUGAAUGGCUGCGUGUCGAGGGCUGUACAAACAUAUAUGCACUUGGUGAUUGUGCCACUAUAAAUCAACGCAAAGUCAUGGAGGAUAUUUCAGUAAUAUUUGAUAAAGCGGACAAGGACAAGUCUGGUACUCUAACAGUUCAAGAAGUCCAAGAAGUCAUCGGAGACAUUAUAGUCAGGUAUCCUCAGGUGGAACUUUAUUUGAAGAAUCAGAAGAUGAAAAAUCUUGUAGAUCUGUUAAAGGAUUCAAAUGGGGAUAAUGAAAAGAAAUCCCUUGAAGUGGACAUUGAAGCACUGAAGUCGGCUCUAUCCCAAGUGGAUUCCCAGAUGAAGAAUCUUCCUGCAACAGCUCAGGUUGCUAGUCAACAGGGUGCUUAUCUUGCUAGGUGUUAUAAUCGUAUGGAGAAGUGUGAAGAAAACCCUGAAGGUCCACUCAGGUUCAGGGGAGAAGGACGCCAUCGGUUCCGUCCCUUUCAGUACAAGCAUUUGGGGCAAUUUGCUCCCCUGGGAGGAGAACAAACAGCAGCUCAAUUGCCAGGAGAUUGGGUUUCUAUAGGUCACAGCAGCCAGUGGCUUUGGUAUUCUGUAUACGCCAGCAAGCAAGUCAGUUGGCGCAGUAGGGCUUUGGUUGUAUCUGACUGGAUGAGGCGAUUCAUUUUUGGGAGAGACUCAAGUCGCAUCUGAGGCACAAAAUUUGAAAUGCUUAUAGACAACCUCCCAGUUUAUACUCCUCUACAAGCUUUGCUUAUGCAGAUGUCUUUAGUCCUUUGUUUUCCACUUUUCCAAUUGAAGUAUGAGAAAAAUGCCUAUGUUUUUUUU